GUCGAGAAGGAAAGAGGAGCAUACUGAUCUGACUGUACUCUAAGCUCAUCCCUUCUGCUUUACACCGCCUGCUUUUUUAGACUCAGAAUCACCACGGAUCUGAACACAGACCGAGCAGAGGUGGACAGCGUACAAGACCCUGCUCAUGGAUGAGGAUGAGGAUGAGGUGUUUGGGCCUAUCUCACAGUGCUGGCCUUCCUCCAACAGGGAGAUAAAGCAGGAGGACCACAGCACGCAGACCCCAGGGAGCCCUGCGGUACGGCUAAAUGGCAUGCUGCCCUGUGGCGUGGCCGAGGAGCCCAGACGACUCUUCUAUGGUAGUGCAGGAUUGCUAUUGCUGACGCCAUCUGCCCGUACUAACCGCGUCGAGGACGCCAUGUUUCCUGAGAAUCGGCCUCGCCGACGGCCUGCGCACAGCGUGGAGGCUCAGAUCGGCCAGAAACUCCAGAUGAUUGGCGACCAAUUCUAUCAAGAGCACAUGCUGCAACACCAAAACCAAAGGAACCAGUGGCCAUUUUGGUUGCGUUUGGCCUCAGCAUUGUACGCGCUCCUGUUCGAUGGCGAGCCCGCGGUUCACAGGAGGAGACAGGAGGAUCGCAGAUGAGUCGGCCACCGGGACAAGAUCCACCUCUUCUGCUUAAUGGCACUGUUCGACUUUCAACACGGGUUUUUAGGAGGAGAAAACGGGAAGGAAGACGAUCUCCGCGGGACGGGGACCUCCUUUUCUCCUCACAAGAAGAUGCCAUGGUAUUCAUGAGAUUAUUUUCAUAUAAGACGUCUUGAGGUAUUUUGUACAAUAUUUUCUGUCUUCGAAUUUCGCUUGCACUUCCAUGCGUGUACUUUUUGUGAACAACUUCCGUCGUGGGAAUGCCUUAUCAUCUCCAGCCACUGCAGAAAGACUGUUGAAUUCUGAAUGUGGACUGAAGAAGAGACGGUGGUGGUGGUGGUGGUGGUGGUGGUGAUUUUGGAAGUUUCUUUUUUACUUCUUCUUUUAUCUUCCUGGACACCAAUCAUCUUGACUAAUCUCCAAAGAGUUUUGCACCUCAGUCUGCUUCUGUAGCGUUUCAUAAUUAUUAGGAUUUUUUUUUUACGUUGUUUUUGCUAUCUCCCAUACCCAACCCCCAAACUCCAACCCCACAGGAAUAGGAAGCAGACAGGCCUCUACUACUUGAAUUUGGUGUGUCUCACUGAUGAGCUUGUCAAUAAUCAGCAAGCGAGAUCGCCAAAUAGUUAGAUGCCUAGAGGCGACACGUGUCAUCUUCUCGAUUUAAGCCAGAAGAACAAGAAUGCAGUGCCUGUUAUUAUACAAAUGUUUUUUUUUUUUUAAAUUUUAAUUGUUUUUUACUCAAACCACCUUCCUUAAAUUUUCAGUGAAGGUUUCAGUAACCCUCAUUGCAUCACUGUCAAAGGAAAUUCACUGUGGGUAUUAGUCUGCAAGUUUAGCACCAAAAAAACCUCAGUACUGAUUCUCACCACAUGUGUUCAGGUUGAUUUUUAAAAAAUCAUCACUGAUUUUCUACUGAACAUUUUAUGUACCACUGGUCCAUUUGGUUGGCUGUUGAACAUCAUUUUGGCCACUCGUUUUCUCAGCCACAGAGCAAGACUGUGUCUGUGAAGUGAAGUGAACUGCAUUACUCCUCUCAGGAUACUCGGGUGUUUUUGUCUUACAGAAUUUCAAGUUGUAUUUGUGUUUUUUUUUUUUUUUUUUUUUUUUAAAUACCUUCCAGAUUAUGUAUGUUUCAGUGGUUUAAAUGUUUUUUUUUUUUUUUUUUUUUAAAUAACCACUACUUUUGCCUAUAUUAGAUGUAAAUUGUUAGUAAGACUGUAACUGCCUUGUUUAAAGACACUGAUUGAUUCUUAAUGCUGUUUUUGUUUUGUUUUUUGCUUGUAGAGCUUUUUUUUUUUUUUUUUAAUCAUUUAAAAAAAUUUUUAUAAAGGAGUGAUGUAUAUUUUGUGAGACUAGCGUUUCCAGUUUCCAACCUUAAAGCAGUCCGUGCAGGAUUUUGCGUUCGCAGAAAUUGAAUGCAAAAUCAAGGAAACGUUACGACAGAUUUUCCAUAGAUUUGAGAUGUUGUGAUGUCAUCACAACACGCAUUCAGCCAAAGCCCUCUGCAAUUCAUGUGUGUUGAACAUGAGUACAGCUAAAAGGUCUCAUUUACCAACAAACAUCACUGCGAAAGACCUGCAAUUUCGUCAAUUUGAGUAGUUUUCCACAAAAACAAACAAACAAACAAAAAAACUCUGCAGCAAAAUCAAGUAUUUUUGGCUGCAACAAUCACAAAAAAAACCUCAGCGAAAUCCUGUACGGACUGUUAAAGGAUUUUUCUUGUUACACACUUAAAUAUAGAACAUGCAGGUUGUCUUUGGUUAUUUAUAUGAAGGACCAAGAAUGGUUUAAUUUUAGAACCUUUAACAAAAGCUCUAAAAAUGAAACUCUUGUAACCGGUUCGACUCGGUGUUAAAGUCUAGUCAGAAUUUGCCUUAUUGAUUUGCAUACAGUAUGUACUAGUUUCAGAAAAAAUAAUGGCUUAACUGUAUUAACUGUGGUCCUACGAUUACACAGGUACACAGGCAUGGUACAAAAUGUCUCAAGUUCUCAUCACUGAACAGUGUUGCCAGCUGUGUGUGUGUGUGUGUGUGUGUGUGUGUGUGUGUGUGUGUGUGUGUGUGUGUGUUUGUAUGCGUGUAUGUAUUGUGUGGGGCACAGGCUACUUUUCAAGCAUGAUGAAUGUCCAAAGAAAUGCUGACCGUUUGUUUCCUGCAGACCGUGAACGCUGAGCCAGUGACUGUAGCCCUCACAACUCAGUAGCUAUCUUUCUCACUUCACCUAGUCUCCAUCCGUAUACAUUCACUCCUUAACUUUUUUUUUUUUUGGUAUGCUAAUAUUUUUUCUUUAAUUUGUAAUUUAUACAUAUUUUUGUCCUUUUUAAAUUUUUUUUUAUUUAUUUCUUUGUAUAUAGAUCCAUUGCUACUGUAUAGGUUGUGUGCAAUUUCUUUUCUGUGUGUUUCUUGCCACUUUUGUUUUGGUCUUGGAUGGGUCUACAUUUCGUCUUCUUCCGCACGCUGUGGAUUAAGGAGGUGAGAGGUUACCCUUUUAUUGGAUCUUGUUUCAUGGUGAUAACUUCCUGAAUUCCUUUUAAAUGUUUUAGGUUAAGGCUAUGAAAAGUGAACCAAGAAAAGUCCGUGCAUAAAUUAUAAUCAUUGUACUCCUGCAAGACUGUAUUGUGCGUAUUGGAGUGAUUUAUGUUCUGAACUAUGAAGGGAGUUGGAUUUUUUUUUUGUCCAGUCAGGUUAUUCAGUCUUGGUUUCCUCUGAAGAGUAUGAAUGGUAAAAAGGCAAAAAUGGGAAGGAAAUUUAUUUACCAGACUGAAGGAAUCCAUCAGCAGUGAAGGAUUGUGAAGUUACCACUUCCAGAUGGGUGACAAAUUAAAGGUAAAGAAAAUAGAGGCCCUGUUGUGCUCUGGGGGGCAUUUUGCUGGCCACUUGUCCCCUUAGAGGGAAGGAUCACUGAUGUGUGUGUGUGUGUGUGUGUGUGUGUGUGUGUGUGUGUACACACACAC